AUGACCAUUGGCACCUCCACGAUUUUGACCACUUUGAGAGACACGAGACUAUUGCCAGACUCGAGCACACCCUGGCAAUCUCUCCAGUUGAAACCAACAAACGUAAAGAUGUCCAAAGAAAAGCGUGUCUGUGUGAUUGGUGCAGGUCCCAGUGGUAUGUCAGUGCUUUAUCACUUCAAUAAAUUGAAAGAACAAGGAAAACAAAUUCCUGAAAUUGUGUGCUUCGACAGGCAGUCGGACUGGGGAGGGCUCUGGAAAUACUCCUGGGAAACUGGUAUCGAUCAGUUUGGUGAACCCGUCCAUGGAAGUAUGUACCAAGGCCUCUGGUCUAAUGUUCCGAAGGAAGCUAUAGAGUAUCCGGACUACACGUUCGAAGAUCAUUUCAGAAAGGCAAUUCCAUCCUUCCAACCCAGAGAGGUUCUCUAUGAUUAUCUCAAAGGUCGUUGGACCAAAGGCAAUCUUCGACACUGGAUCCGUUUCAACCAUGUCGUCCGCCAGGUGACCUACGACGACGAUACUGACGACUUUUCAGUAGUUGUCAAAAGCCUUGUCGAGGACAAAGACCUUCCUGUUCAGAAGUAUGACUACCUUAUUGUAGCGAGUGGACACUUUUCUGUGCCGAACGUCCCUUUUUUUCCAGGAAUAGAGCAGUUUCCUGGACGUGUGAUGCACUCACACGACUUCCGAAAUGCUUAUCAGUUCCAAGGUCAGACGCUUCUUGUAGCUGGCUCCAGCUCUUCCGCUCAAGAUAUCGCCAUCCAAAACCUCAAAUGUGGUGCGAAGAAGAUCAUUUGUUGCUACAAGACCAGGCCGAUGGGAUUUAAGUGGCCCCCUGAGAUCACUGAGAGACCCCUGCUAACCAAGAUCGAAAGCAAAACCGUCCACUUCAGGGAUGGUACGACUGCCGAUGUGGACGCCAUCAUUUUGUGCACCGGCUACCUCUUUCACUUUCCAUUCCUUGAGGAGCGUCUUCGGCUGAAGGCCAAGAAUAUCUUGUAUCCUGCUGGCAUGUACAAGAAUGUGCUGUGGACCGAGGCUGGCAACAACAAGUUUUUUUAUAUCGGAAUGCAGAACCAGUACUACACCUUCACUAUGUUCGACGCACAAGCCAAGUGGACUGUGAAUUGCAUCACAGGGGAGCUGAAACUCCCUGACCAGGAAGCCAUGAAGAAGGACCUAGAGAAAUGGAUUGCAAAGUAA